AUGGGACGUAGGAUUUAUAAACGUAACAAGAAAGAGUCUUUGCCAUCGACAUCGACUUUGACUUCUGUUUCAACCCCAGUUACACCACAAGACUUUUUCGAUCAUGGCUCAUCGGAGGAGGAAAGUGGAGAUAGAUGGCUUGGUUCAGAUAUAGCAAAAUCGCUUCGAUUUUAUCAAAGAGCAUAUACGGCAUAUCGAAAGUGUAUCCUGUUGAGUUCUGUACCGAUUCCUGACGCAUAUUACAACUCUUGUAGAUUAGCAUUGCAAGUGUAUCUUCUAUUCAAUGAUUGCGGUGGAUUGAGGAGGAUGAUAGAGAGCAGGUGCGGGUUGCAGAAUAUCGAGGAGGUUGUUCAUGCUUCGGACUCUAUAGUUAUGGACUUGCCGCAGAUUCUUAAUUUACAUUUGGAAAGUUUGCAAGUGGUUAAAGACCAGGAGGGUGAUUUGCUAUUCAAUACUUUGGUGGUUUACACGGAAAUAAUGGAGUCUGAAGCGAUGCAAGAGGAGAUUCACGAGAAUAUGGUAACUUGUUUUAAAAAUGCAACGACGAUUUUUGAUAAGCUUGUUAAAAAGCAAGUGGAGGAAUUAGAGAGUUUUAAUAGCAAAUUAUUACUGAUAGAUACUGCUAUAAAUACAGCGCCGUCAUCAUCACAACAACAACAGCAGCAGGAACAGCAGCAGCAGCGGCAGGAAGAAGAGGAACUAUAUGAAAGCGAACGGGUUGUUCAACCCGUGGACUUAUUCGAGACUGUUAUUCUUGGCUACAGACUUGUUCAAGCGAUUUAUGAAAACACCGAUAAGCUGUAUCUUGAAACAACUCAUCUGUUGACACAAUGUUUAUCAACUAUGGAUGAAAUAUCACGAGAGCUUAUCAACAAGUACAGUACACAAACAUGUAAUAGAAACGAGAUGUUGGACAAUAUCACUAGUCACCAAAUAAGCGAAUUAAAGAUAAUCCGCGCAAGCAUAACCGGCUUGACAAUGAUGGCCAAUGUGCAGCAAGUCAUGGAAAUGUGGUCAAAUUUCUUUUUGCAAGAAGUUGAAGUGGAAAUUGCUGAAAAAUAUAUGGUUUGUUCAGAUAAUAUCCAAAGUUAUUUAGAACGAGAAGAUAUUAGUAUUGAAGGUUUGAAAAAUAAUGAUGAGCAGCAAUUAUUGUGGGAUGCUUUGAGAUUCCAAAACACCCAGCUCAAAAAAGCACAAGAACUACUUCAGGAAACGCUUGCUAUUAAAAAAAGAGCUCCACUGGGUGUGGAAUUGGGCAUUGGUUCAUUAAUUGUACAGAUAUCCGAGCUUAUGAUUGCAAGAGUGGAUAUUAAUCUCCAAAUGAGUUUACUUGAUUUGCCAAUCGCGGCACAGAACCGUAAAGUACUUGAACAAAACGUCAAGAACUUGUUAAAGUCAGCAAUAGCUUUAGCGGGAUCACAAGGCGGGUUACGUGAACGACAAAUUGAAAAAUUCAAUAGAUAUCAAAAAAGGAAUGAAGCAUUGUUUAGAUUAUGUUUGGUAAAUGGCGAGACAAGCUUGGAUAAGUUGGAUAGUGUUAUCACUAGAGAAGAAUGGGUCUUGGAAGUUCCAGUUUUGCAAAAGUUGGGAUACUAUAGUUUAUUUUUAAAGGAUAUACUUGACGAGAUGACAAGUAACGACAAGUAA